UUCUGUCAUUUGCACAGAAACUGUGCCGAGGGAAUCUUUUUUUUCCUGCCCUACCACUCCUGCAGCUGCAGCAAACAAAGAGCAAGAUGGGAAAGUCAUCGUGCUUGUUGGCUGCUGUGAUUUCUCUGGGAGUUUUUUUCUUGCACAGAGCCGGAGCCAGAGAGCCAAUCAACCAUGUAACGUCAGAGAGUUCUUCAUUAUUAAACCGCACAGAUGCAAGUGUGAGCUGGACUGAGUCUGUGACUGUAGUGGAUCAGAGCAGAGAGUCACAGACUCCAACCAGAGCAAAGACAAAGUUACACAGCACCACUGUUAAACAGCUGGACUCCAAAGACACCAGGCAGGACAGUGAAGAGGUCAACAGCAAAGAAGAGGAAGAAGAAGAAAGACAUGACAGCAAGAAAGAAGAUAAGAAAACUAAACUGGACUGUCCUCCUCUCGGGCUCGAGUCCCUGCGGGUUGAUGAUAGUCAGAUCCAGGCCUCCUCCUACCAGCGGACGGGCCUGGGUCCUCACAGGGGGAGGCUGAAUAUCCAGUCUGGUAUUGAGGACGGGGACCUGUACGACGGAGCCUGGUGUGCAGAGUACAAAGACCGACACCAGUGGCUGGAGGUGGACGCCAUCCACCUCACCCUGUUCACCGGAGUCGUCCUGCAAGGCCGAAGCUCCAUCUGGAGCUGGGACUGGGUCCACACCUACAAAGUGCAGCUGAGCAAUGACUCUGUGAGCUGGAGAACCUGCAUGAACGGGACAGAAGAAGCGAUAUUUAAAGGGAACCAGGAUCCAGAAACUCCGGUGCUCGGACUCCUCCCUGUUCCCACUGUCGCCCGUUUCAUCCGCAUCAACCCGCAGACCUGGUACCCCAACGGCACCAUCUGCCUCAGGGCGGAGAUACUCGGCUGCCGUGUGAAGGAUCCAAAUGAUAUCUACGACUCGGAGCGAGAACCAGGAUCGAAGGACGCCCUGGACUUCAGACACCACAACUACAAAGAGAUGAGAAAGCUCAUGAAAUCGGUGACCGAGGAGUGUCCGGACAUCACGCGCAUCUACACCAUCGGGAAGAGCUACAAUGGCCUCAAACUCUACGUCAUGGAGAUCUCAGACAACCCCGGCAAACAUGAACUCGGUGAGCCGGAGUUUCGCUACGUGGCAGGGAUGCACGGGAACGAGGUUCUGGGUCGAGAGCUGGUCCUCAACCUCAUGCAGCACUUGUGCAAAGAAUACAAGAAGGGCAACCAACGCAUUGUGCGACUGGUCACCGAGACACGAAUCCACCUGCUGCCCUCUAUGAACCCGGAUGGAUAUGAAUUCGCUUACGAGAAGGGCUCAGAGCUGGCCGGCUGGGCUGACGGGCGAUACAGCGUUGAGGGAAUCGACCUGAAUCACAACUUUCCGGACCUGAACAACAUCAUGUGGGACUCUCAGGAGGGCGCAGCCGAUCCGUCCAAAGUCCCCAACCACUACAUCGCCAUCCCCGAGUACUACACCAAGGAAGACGCAACCGUUGCACCGGUGACCCGAGCCGUCAUCAGCUGGAUGCAGGACAUCCCCUUCGUGCUCAGUGCCAACCUCCACGGUGGAGAGCUGGUGGUCACAUACCCCUACGACUGCACCCGUGACUGGACUCCUCAGGAGGACACCCCCACGGCAGAUAACGCCUUCUUCCGCUGGCUGGCCACCGUCUACGCCUCCACUAACCUGGUGAUGGCCAACCCUGAACGACGCAUGUGCCACUACGAAGACUUCCAGGCGCACAACAACAUCAUCAACGGCGGGGCCUGGCACACCGUCCCCGGCAGUAUGAAUGAUUUCAGUUACCUGCACACUAACUGCUUUGAGGUGACGGUGGAGUUGUCCUGUGAUAAGUUCCCUCACGCCAGCGAGCUUCCCAUCGAGUGGGAGAACAACAAGGAGUCUCUGCUGGUCUACAUGGAGCAGGUUCACAGAGGGAUUAAAGGUGUUGUGAGGGACAAGAUCUCCAAACAGGGAAUCGCAGAUGCUGUAAUCAAAGUGGAGGAUCACGACCACGACAUCCGAUCAGCAACUGACGGAGACUACUGGCGUCUUCUGAACCCGGGUGAUUACAAGGUGGUGGUCUGGGCAGAGGGUUACUUCCCGUCCAUGCGUCGGUGCCACGUCGGAAUGGAGCUCCGUCCCACCAUCUGCGACUUCGCCCUCACCAAGACGCCCAUUCAGAGGCUGAAGGACAUCCGGGCCAAAGGAGGGAAGAUCCCCCAGGACCUGCAGCUGCGUCUCCGAGCUCUGAGGCUCCGGAAGCUCCGCGCCAGCACCAAGGCCAUCAACCGCCGCAGGGAGAGCCAGCGGCUGCAGCAGGAGCAGACGCUGCUGACGAGGAGAGCUCGGGCCUCCGGAGGCCGGAGAGAAUGAGCGGAGACGACGGGCCGAAGAGGCCUCAGAGAUGAAGUUGAAUCUGGGAAGAGUAACAUGUUUCCACUGAUAUUACAGGGUCAGUUAACCCAAUUUACAAGAAUGUGAUGUGAAGACAUGCAGAGGUUGAAAAAACAGCAGUCUUGCACAUUUCUACUUCCACCAGCGAGGUGAUAAAAGCUUCUUUGUUCCAGUUUUGUUUCUGGCUGUUGACCCUUUCACACAGAUGAGCCCAUGACGUCACACAAACACUGACAAAAGUUGACAGGAUGUUUAAAAAAACAGGGUUUAAGAACAAACAAAGAUACUAACAGCCAAAAUAAAGUUCCACAGCCUGUAAAGGAUCAUUGUUUUCCAUCCACAGACAUCCUCGAGUGAUCCUGUUCAAAUGUACUUGUGUUGCAAAUGAUGUGUUCAGCUCCUCUGUAGUGUUUGUUUCUCAUCUGUAAAGAGACUUUAGGAUUUAAGUGUCAGCUGGUCUGAUAUGUGUCUUUUUUUAUUUUUUAUUUGACCAAAGUCCAACAGGACUAUUAAUUAACAUUCAAAUAAAUCUUCUUUAAUUGUGUCA